GGAGGUGAAGUCGGCGUCUCUCCUCCUUUCUCCUUUAUUACUGGGAAACCGAAACUCAAGAGACUGGGGACACGUGCUGCUACAGCGACUCCUGAUUGGUCAGCUCGGACUGGAUAAAGCCGCCGGAGCGCACAGGGAUGCGUACAGACAGGUGGUGUCAGGUGGACGGAGAGCCCCAUUUGGACGACUAUCCCAGCAGAACCGAGCAGCACCUGGACGACUAUCGCGGCAGAACCGAGCCAUGGGAGCAGCUCCUUCCGCUUCGUCUUUCUUCCUGGAGAAACCGGGGAAACCUCCGGUCCCCUGGAGCGACUGGAUCUCCGAGUUCGAGAGGCGCCUGGACGAAGAGUCGUGCCCGGAGGAGCAGAGGGCGGCCCGGCUGCUCGCCCACCUCGGCGAGGAGGGGCGGCGGAUCCUCCGCAGCCUGCCGGGGCCGACCGACAGCUACACGGAGAUGGUCGGCGCCCUGACCGCUUACUACAACCGCAAAGAGCAAAGAAAGAAGAUAAUAAUUGCAGCAGCAACAGUGGGAGGAGCGCUGGUUGGAGGAGUCGGCGCCGUCGUGGCCGCUCCGUUCGUCCUGGCCGGAAUCGGAUUCACCACCGCUGGGAUUGCUGCUGGCUCACUUGCUGCCAGCAUGAUGUCAUCAGCAGCCAUAGCCAGUGGUGGAGGGGUGGCGGCGGGGAGCCUGGUGGCGAUUCUCCAGUCUGCAGGAGCGGUGGGUCUGUCGGCAGCAGCCUCGGCUGCCGUGGCGGGGGCCGGAGCUGCGGCCGGAGCUGCGGCGGCGGGAACUGCUGGAGCGCUGGGGGCCAAAGCCAUCGAUGGGGAAGACAAAGAUAAAGACAUAUGAGGAAAGAAGAAAUAAGAGGAACAGGCCAUUUGUAGUCAGUGCCAGCAAACGAUCCCCAAGGAACAGGGGCCAAAGAAAGGCUGAUCAGAACAGACCAGCCACUGUCUGAGGCUGCACAUAAAAUAAAUAAAUGAAAAUAAUUC